AUGGCGCCCGCGCAGCGCCCGCUCCUCCCGCUGCUGCUGCUGCUGCUGCCGCUGCGCGCGCGCUCCGAGGACGCGGCCCGCGCCACCAACGACCGCCACGCCGUCUACUGGAACCGCAGCAACCCCAGGUUCCACGUGGGCUCAGCGGGUGACGGCGGUGGCUAUACGGUGGAGGUGAGCAUCAAUGACUACCUGGAUAUCUACUGCCCACACUACGGAGCACCACUGCCGCCGGCCGAGCGCAUGGAGCGCUACGUGCUGUACAUGGUCAAUGGUGACGGCCAUGCAUCCUGCGAUCACCGCCAGCGUGGCUUCAAGCGCUGGGAGUGCAACCGGCCCGCAGCGCCCGGGGGCCCGCUCAAGUUCUCUGAGAAGUUCCAGCUCUUCACGCCCUUCUCACUCGGCUUUGAGUUCCGCCCCGGCCACGAGUACUAUUACAUCUCUGCCACACCUCCCAACCCUGUGGACCGGCCCUGCCUACGGCUGAAAGUUUACGUGCGUCCAACCAACGAGACCCUGUACGAGGCCCCGGAGCCCAUCUUCACGAGUAACAGCUCGUGCAGCGGCCUGGGCGGCUGCCCCCUCUUCCUCAGCACGGUCCCCAUGCUCUGGACCCUCCUGGGCUCCUAGUUGAAGCCCCAAAGGACCCCAUCCCCGCCUGGACACGCUGCCCAGACCCCGCGACCUUGGCCCUCGGCCCCGCUGCGGCCACCUCCGAGAUGACAUAAUUGCUGCUUCUCUUCCAUGGUGCUCUCCUGCCAGAGGGACCGUGUCCAGCCUGCCUGGGGAAAGGCCACCAGGCCUGCCCGGGUCGGGGACCAGGAUGUCUACACAGGCCCCGGCUGAGCCACUGCUCCAGGGUCACUGGGAAGCUUGAGACCCUCUCGGCAUCUUUUUUUUUUUUCAGUGUGUUUUUCAUGGUUGAGUCUGAAAGACUUGAUUUUUAAUUUAAUUUAUUCCCCGAUGUCGCUGGUGACUUUGGGAACUCUUGGUGGGGUGGGGGUGGGGCGGUUCCGGACCUCCCUGAAGAAGGGGGUCCAGGCACGUCAGGCCUGGUCAGUCUCUGGUCCUGGCUGGGACCCACUGUGGACCCUGCGGUUCCCCAGGACAGGUGAGUGUGAACCUGAAGGGAUGUGGAAGUCUCUCCAGGGGCCUCUGGCUCUUCCCACCACCAACAGCCCCCCAGCCCCCUGUGGGAAUCCGGCAGCCUCUCCUGGGCUGGGAAGACGUUAUAUUUCUGUAAAUAGAGCCAGCAAGUAAGUAUAUACUGUGAUUUAUUUUUAAUGUAUUCUUAAGAACAGACUGGAAAUUCUUUCUUUGAAAAAAUUUUUUUUCAGCCUUCUAUCAGGGGGGUCCUUUAUUUUGGUGGGGGGGUGGGCUUUUUAGGAUAGAAUCAACACUUCGCAAUAAGCUUGUUUUUUUUUUGUUUGUCUGAGCCCUUCCCUCCCUUGACCAUGUGACCUAGUAAUGUUUCUAAGAAAAAACAAAGCAAAACAAAACAAAACAAAACAAAAAAACAAACGAAAAGAAUGGAGGAAACUAAAAGGAAGGGGAAAACUGCCAAAAAAAAAAAAAUAUAGAAAAGAAAGAAAGAAAGAGAAAGAACAACUUGCCACAGAUGAUUGAGGGAAGGAAACAAAUACAUUUAUACAGGUUAAGAUUUCUACCCCUUUCCUGACCUGUGUUUUCUAGCUUCUAUAUAAAUAUAUAUUGUGUACGGCCACCUGUGGCGAGAGUGGCCGGGGCUUUUGUAGGGGCGGCGGGGCGGGCGGCGGGGCCUGGCCCCUGUCAUCACAGCCAACUUUGGAUUCUGUAUUUUUUUAUAA